AUGGUUGCUUCUCAAAGGAAAUACAUCUGUUCGUUUUGUGCCAAGCCAUUUUCUAGGUCAGAACAUAAGGCUAGGCAUGAGAGGUCACAUACGGGGUCUAAACCAUUUUCGUGUUCCAUUUGUUCUCACUCAUUUGUGAGAAGGGACUUAUUGCAGCGGCACAUCAGGACUGUUCACAAAUCAUCAUUGAAUUCGAUGCUGAAAACUGGUAAUAAAAACAUGGAAGAAGUAAUGAACUCGUUAAUUAAGAUCUCUUCACCCGUACAUUCAAUACCUGGAAGUAGUCCUAACAGUUCGCAGCAACCAAUGGAUUCAGUGACUAAAGUCACCCCCAAUACACCAUUAACAGCUCAUGUCCUACGAUCUGAGAUAGAUAACUGCGAAGAUGACCAUGCUUCUGGCAUUGUUGCCCCACAAGAUAAUGCGGUUUCCUCUUCGAAUCCCAACAAACCAUUACCCAUGACUCCUUCUGAUGAAGAUGACGUUGAUGAUGUGACUAUCCAAAAUCCGAGCCCGGAUUUAAACAAACAAAAGUUAAUGGCUCCGUUGGCUAAUCGUACUGAUUCUCAUGAGGGCAAGGGUAAUGGAUCCCUUGUGUUCAACAAACACACUCUGCCGAUUUCGUUGGAUUCUGAAGUUUUGAAAACUAUUUUCAUCGGUCGUUUCCGCAAUAUAUUGGACGAUCCAGAGGUUCUUUUGAGUAAAGCGUUCUCUUACCUUCACCGUAACUCGUUAUUCCCGGGAACUUUGUCUAUUCAAUGGACAGCUGCUAUUCAGAAUGAAGCUACCUUCGACAAUUGGUGUAAGACGUCUCCUUUACCUUUAGCCUUGUUAUCUGUUAAUUUGUUAGAGAAUUUGGACAGUGAUCACGAGAAGAAGAAAGAAUUCUUGCAUAUAUGGCAAACCUGUUGGCAACAGUGUAUGAAAAAUCCUUAUAAUGAUAGUUUCUUACCACUUUCGAUCUUGAUCUACAUCCAUAUUCAUUCCAAAGAGAGUUUGUCUCAUUCGAUAUUGACGACUUCUAUAAUGUACCAACAGAUUCUAUUUGCGAUGAUCAAAACGGUUACUGACACAUUGACCGGUCAAAUUUAUGAAAUUUGGUCCGUUUUCGAUAUAUUCGUCAGCUUGUUAUUAAAAUCAGGGGAAUUUACCGAAGUAUCGACUUUAAUAUAUCAAUGGUUCCUUACCAAGGAGGUUUACCAGAACUUCACGUUGUCAGAGUUUAUGGAUCGGAUAUUACAAGCAGAUGUCGACCAUAUGAACGUACCGAUGGAUGCUUUGCUCGUAGUGAACCAGGCUCUUUUCUGCGAAACUAUCAUGUUCAAAGGAUUUGACACACACUAUAAGACUAAACAUUCGUUGCACAAUACGAUCAUCUUGGUAAACAGAUUGGCAUCAAAGUUCUUAAGACAAACACAGAAUUCGGAUCCAAAAAGUACUGCAUUCAACACUUGGAAAAUUCAAGUAUUUAUCUUGCAUGCUCCUCCAAAAUUUGUUGAUAUGAUCAAUUCGUACUGUGUCAACCCAUCCGCUUCCCAAUAUUGGCAAUUGUAUAUUGCUACCUGGUUCGAAUUCAUACAGGAUGUGAUACCGCCAACAAAAGAGACUGUUAAUGUCAGCUGGGCAAAAUUCCAUCUAAAUAACAGAUGGUUCCAUCACAGAGUAGACUUCUCUGCGGAAAGCAUAUUGCAAGAAUUAAAAUCAAUCCCUUUGAUAGAAAAAAAUAUCAAUAACAAUUUGGCCAUUUGUUGUCUACCUAUUAUCUCAAGUGUCCAACAUGAUACGGAUAUGGUCCUUGUGGAUCCAUUAGUGAAAAAAUUAGUUUUCAGCACCCUAUUAUUCCAAGUGAAAUUAUUUGCAACCACGCUCCUAUUGACUAGGGAUGAUUCAAAGGAAACUGUAACACAAUCGAUGAAUGUAUUCAGUAAUCCGAUCAUUCAUCUCUUACUCUUUGUUUGGUAUUGUUCUAUCUACCAUAGAUCAGACGGUAUGCCGAAGCUGUUGUAUAGACGCGGUAGCGAGAAUGAUUUCGAUAAUUAUACUAUGGAAAACCAUUCUGUAUCUCAGUUCAUCAAACGGUAUAUUGUUCUAUCAAGAAAAUGUGUGGAUAUCGAUGCCCUCAUUGAAAAUGACUUUAAGAAGUUGUUGUUCAGGGAUGAAGUGAGAAACGCAGAUGAUUUCACAUAUUUCAAAGGGUUUCAUUUCCUACUGAGUCGAAUCCUUGAUUCGAUCAUUAGACACUUGCAGCAAACUAUCUCUUCCUCAGAUCCGGAAUUUGAAGCCACUACGAAGCUUAUCCAAGAGUUGAACAACACCAUUUCUCAAAUUCAAGACAAGAUCAAUAACAGUCCUCAGGGUAGAAACUCACAACUAUUAGUGCCAGUAAGACCAGUUUCACCAAUGUCAACCUCCUCACCUACAUCUGCAGUUAACACUCCACGCGAAGAACCAAAGAGAUCCAACAGCAUUUCUCUUGGAAUGAUCCAGAAUGCAGGGGACAUACAAUCCAACGAUGGGUUUUUCUGCCAUGUUGAUAAUACUUCUGUCAAGUUGCCGCCUCUAAAGAUCAAUUUGGUCCAUGAGAACCACGGCAAUAAUUUUGCAUCAAAUAACACCAAUUCACGCUUUGAAACAGCCACCAAUAAUACUGGGAAUAUUGGAAGCUCUCAUAUCUUUUUACCUCCUCCUAUGGUUCAAUCAGCAUUCAUGAACAGAGACAGAGAGCAUUUCACCCUACCACCUCCAUCGACCUUCUUUCCAAUGAAAUAA